AUGAAGAAAUCCUCCAAAUCCUCCUCUUCCACUACUAAUUGUCUUUCUCUAUGUCUCCUUUCUCGAACAACCUUUCAAUUUGUUUUUCCACUUUUUUCGAUUUCUGGAUCAAAGAGAAGUGCAGCUAAGGAUUGGUCUCGCAUACAAGUUGAUCAAAGCUCAAAAGAAGAAAGUCAUCGGGAUAUAAUUGUUGAACACAAAACAACUGGUCUUCAGAGAAUUACAGAAUUGCACCCAAGUUUCAUGGCACUACAAUACCCAUUAUUAUUUCCAUAUGGAGAAGAUGGUUAUAGGAUUGGGAUAAGUCAUCGAAAUCCAGAAACAGGGAGUUAUUACAGGCGAAAAACAGUUACUAUGAGACAAUAUUAUUCUUUUCGCUUGCAACAUCGAGCUGGAGAGGCACAAACAUUGUUAUGGAGUGGACGUUUGUUCCAACAGUACAUGGUGGAUGCUUAUGCUUCGAUCGAAGAAGUUAGAAUCAAUUGGAUUAGAAAGAAUCAAAAGAAAUUGCGUGCAGAACUAUAUAAUGGAUUGAGAUAUGCUAUUAAUCAAGGAGAUGUCAUGACAAAUUCGGUUGGUAGAAUGACAAUUAUUCCAUUGUCUUAUACUGGUGGACUGCGAUAUCGUGUUCAAAAUUACCAGGAUGAAAUUAUGUACACCGUUGAAUUUCAAAAAAGAGGUUUGCCCCAUGCCCACAUAUUAGUGUUCUUACAUUCCGAAGAUAAAAUACAAAUACCAUCUAAGAUUGAUGUUACCAUAUCGGCAGAAGUUCCAGAUAAAGAUAUUGACCCUCUUACUUUUAGUGCAGUUGAACGAUUUAUGAUACAUGGACCGUGUGGUAUUUUAAAUAAAAAAUCUUCAUGUAUGGUUAAUGGAAAAUGUGGGAUGCACUAUCCAAAGAGAUUUCAUGAUAAAACAUCAAUAGAUGAAGAUGAGUACCCAAUAUAUAUGCGACAAAAUGGUGGUCAAUAUAUCUUGAAGAAUGGUAGCCAACUUGAUAGUCAGUAUGUGGUCCCAUAUAAUAGACAUCUUUUGAUAAAAUAUGAUGCCCAUAUUAAUGUUGAGGUUUGCAAUCAUUCUAGAUCAAUUAAAUAUCUUUUCAAAUAUAUCAACAAAGGUCCUGAUCGAGUUAGAGCAGUCAUCUCUAAUGUAGAAAACUUUGAUAACAGUUCAACAAGUUCAAUGCACUUUCGUGAUGAAAUUAAAGUGUAUCUUGACUGUAGAUACAUUUCUCCAUCAGAGGCUUCGUGGAGAAUUUUCAAGUUUAAUAUGUUUUUUAGAGAACCAGUAGUCAAACGCCUUUCCUUUCACCUCCAUGGGCAGCAAACAAUAUAUUUUUCAGAAUCUAUGCGUAUUUCUACCAUUUUAAAUAGAGAAGGAAUUGAAACCACGAUGUUCAUAGAGUGGAUGAAAAUGAACUCUGUAGACAUGGAAGCUCGACAACUAACAUAUGUAGAAUUUCCUACUAAAUAUGUUUGGAACAAGACUAGCAAAAAGUGGACCAGACGGAAAAAUGGAAGGUGUGCUGGAAGAAUAUAUUAUGUUCCUCCCACAAGUGGAGAAAAUUUUUAUUUACGAAUGCUCUUAAACAAAGUACGACGCAGUCGAUCAUUCGAAGAUAUUAAAAUUGUUAAUGGGUUUGUUCAUCUAACUUGUAAGGACGCAUGUUAUGCACUUGGUUUACUAGAGGAUGAUAAAGAAUUUGAUGAUUGUAUUAAAGAAGCAGCGGCAUGGGGUUUGCUUUUGGAAUCUAAUUCGAAGUUGCUUUCUGAAGAUAUUUUAUACAAGCAAUGCCGACUACUAAACUUCCCCGACCUCCAUUUGUCAUAUGACCAAUUAAAAAACUAUGCGCUUUCAAAGAUACAAAAACAUCUUAGAAAGGUCGGCAAGUCUUUGGAAGAUUACAAAGGAAUGGCCAUUCCCAAUAGCAAUGUAAUUGAGGAAGCGAACAACCGUCUUAUUACGGAGGAGCUAAAUUAUGAUAUGUUAAAAAUGCAUGAAGAAUACUCUCAGUUGCUACACGGUCUUAAUUCAGAUCAAAAGACAAUUCAUGAUUUUGUGCUUCGAUCAAUUACCUUGAACUUUGGAAAGUUAUUCUUUGUGUAUGGUUCUAGUGGAACGGGAAAAACUUACCUUUGGCGAACAUUACUUGCAAAAUUAAGAUCGGAAGGUAAGAUUGCUCUAGCUGUUGCAACUUCUGGCAUUGUUGCUCUAUUACUACCGGGUGGCCGAACUACACAUUCUAGAUUUCAAUUACCUUUGAAUCCAAAUGAGGCUUCAACAUGUUCAAUCAAUAAAUGCACACAUCUUGCUGAAUUAAUUAUUCAAACAUUUUUAAUUAUUUGGGAUGAGGCACCCAUGGCCAACAAUUAUUUCUUUGAGGCAAUCUGCACCAACGACCGCUCCGCCCAAGCUCGCGCCCUGGGUUUUGCAGCGACCGUCGCACCCUCCUACUCAUCGAGGCCUGGCCCUUGCCCCAACGGCCAGGUUAGCGCGCAGUUGGGCACCGUAACCCAGCUUCCGAUUCAUCCCGCAUCGCCAGUUCUGCUUACCAAAAAUGGCCCACUUGGAGCUCUUGAUUCCAUGGCAUGGCUCAACAAAGCAGCCACACCGUCCUACCUAUUUAAAUCAGACGAACAAUUUGCACGUCAGUAUCGCUGCGGGCCUCCACCAGAGUUUCCUCUGGCUUCGCCCCGCUCAGGCAUAGUUCACCAUCUUUCGGAUUCUGACAAGUAUGCUCUCACUCGAACCCUUCACAGAAGAUCGGGGUCGGUCGGCAGUAGAUCGAUCACUUCGUGA